UUCUAAUAAAUGGACAAAAAUGCGCAGUCUAGUAAUCUAGUAAUAAGAUAAUUGAAUGUAUGAAAUAGCGUAAAGGUUAAGAGAAUAGUCAACGAUCGAAAUCACUCUAAACCUUAUUAUACCUCCACUCGCUUACUAUGGUAGAAACUAAAAUGAACAAGAAGUAAAUUUAAUUCGAGAAAGAAGGUAACAAAGUUCGAAUAAACGAAAUGUGGUGUUCAUUGAGUACGUGUCUCGAAACGCCGAAAUAAACGAAGGUAAGACGCGACCGGAUGGUGAGCCAACAAUGAUGGAGGAUUCAUCAGUGUUUUAGGAGGUCAAUGUCACUCGAUGGCAAACUGGCAUAAUUCUUUUUAAACAUGCAGUACGCAUACGAGACUCAGUGUAUAUAAUCCAACUCGUCGACUUUGGAAAUCAGUCAACUCGACAGUUCAACCGAGUAACUUACUAGCACCACAAUGAAGAUCUUCGUCGCUUUCGUUCUUCUGACCGCCACGGUGAUGGCAGAACCACCAAGAUACCGUCCUCAACAACAAAGGCAAUUCUACUUCGCCAGACAGCAGGAAGAAACCACCACUGUUGCUAGCGCACCUUAUGCACCUUCUGGAUGGAGGUCACCUGGACCAGCCUUCAAUCUUCCCCCAAGAGAACCUCAGAGACAAUACGGAGCACCUAGCGCACCUCAACAGCAAUAUGGCGCACCUGCUGCUCCUCAACAGCAAUAUGGCGCACCUGCUGCUCCUCAACAGCAAUAUGGAGCUCCUAGUGCACCGCAGCAGCAAUACGGAGCACCUGCUGCUCCUCAACAGCAAUAUGGAGCUCCUAGUGUUCCUCAAUCACAAUAUGGGCCACCUGCGGUUCCUCAACAACAGUAUGGACCACCACAGGAAACUACUACUACGGAAGUGCCAGAUACUACUGAAGUAGAUACGGUUGCUAGUGUCACUGAGUCUGAGUCCGAACCCGUCAACUCCGUGAACGAGCUCGAUGACGAAGAAGUAGAUGAACAACAGCCGCAGCAAUCUGGCGAGUACUACGUAGCCUUACCCGAUGGCCGUCUUCAACGAGUCCGCUACGUCAGCCGCCAGAACAUCGAAGCCAUGAAGUACUUCGCUAAGAUUCGUGCUGAAAACGUGGAACCACUCCGUGGACCCAUCUACGCCUACGCUCCUCUCCAAAAAUUGCAAAUCGUGCCAGCUGGACUGCAAGUGUCUGUCGCUCCAGUUACACCGAUCGCAACACCAGCCGAAUCGAAACCGCAAAAAUUAGAAAUUCAACCGGUUGCUACACAAGUACAGUAUCAAUACGAUAAUCCUGCUGGAGUACUUCCAUUGGGCAGUGGAUCUUAUGCUGCUUACACUGGACCAAGCGACUCUAGAUACUUUUUGACCUUACCGUAGGUCAAUUAGAGGACUUACUUGUGGAUUUAAUGGAUUUAUGCGUAAUUGUAAGUUGACGAGGACCAUGAGCGCCCUAAUUUGAAAGUAGUUUUAAGAGAAUUGUAAAUGUUACGUACAUACGAGAUAUGGAUCGUAUUUUAAGUUACUUGCGAAAACAAUAAAGACGACGUUAACGA